GGCAGACAAGACAGAAAAAAAAAAAAAAAGCUUGACACGGCAAAACCCAGCAAUGAUUGCGCCUCCAUUGUUGCCUGGAGCUGCCAAGUCUGUGCUUGCCUGUCUAUAAACUGCCGAGCGCUCAGGUCUUUGCACCUUUUCUCUUCUUCGCGUCAGCACCUUGAGAUUUUGUGCCUUUCGUUGAGCAAAGUUGCAUACAAUGGCUGAGCUUUCUCUGGACGCGUACUGGCGAGCGCCGCCAAUUGCUAGAACCGCUGCCACUGUUACCUUUGGCUUGUCUGUCGCCGUGCACAUGGGGAUGCUUGCAGGGGACCUCUUCCUCUAUGACUUCCACUACCUGGCGCGGAUUCCUCCGCAGAUAUGGCGCCUUGUAACAUGCUUCUUGAUCACCUUCCCAAAUCUGGGUGUUCUCUUUGACACUUUCCACAUGUACAUGUACAUGAGCCAACUGGAAAAAGGUCAUCCGCGAUUGUCUAGACGAGAAGAUCUUGUUUGGUAUCUGACAUUUGUGUGCGGAACAAUUCUGAUACUCAAUCAUUUAUUGGGUUUCGGGUAUGGAAUAAUGACGCAGGCGCUCCUCCUCGCCAUGGCGUAUACUGUAACUCAGGAGCAACGAGGCCAGACAACGAACUACAUGUUCAUUAAUAUUCCGUCUCAGCUCGUUCCAUUUGCCAUGAUGGCAAUCAACCUCUUCUUCCCCGGCGGCAUUAGUGUUGUGUUCCUGCAGCUUCAGGGGCUGGCCGCAGCGCACUUGUAUUUGUUCCUGACUAAAAUCUGGCCCGAUGUUGCCGGCGGGCGAAACUGGCUUGCGACUCCUGCGUUUAUUCGGUCUGCAGUGAAUGGAGUAGCGCCUGCGCCCCAACCAUCUGCUGGAGGUAGAGGGUUUGACACAACGUCCGCCCAAAGCAGUGGUGCUUCUCGGGGACCAUUACCGGACUCAUGGCGCACCAGAGGACCAGGGCACCGCCUGGGUUAAUUCAUAGCAUACAUAUAAUCAUAAUAAUAUAUUGAGCGAAUGAAUCUCAC